CUCCAGAUAUUAUACUCUAUGACAGUAUGCUGCAGACUCUGCACAAGGCGGUGACAGGGCGCGCUCGAGCUUUUGUCAAAACAGUGGGUGGAGCUCUGCUGGAGGCGUGACAAGCCCUGCCCUAGCUCCCUCGAUCGUGCUCCGUAUGAGUGUAUGUGUAUUUAUACCACCAUGAAGGGAUUUGAUCAGAGAUUUUUGUAGUAAUGGCCGAAGCACCGACGACGGGUGGCGAGGUCCUCACUCCGAACGAUGCCGUCAAAGUACUGGAGGAGCUACUACCAGCACAAAACCAGUCCUUCGAACUGGGCCUGAAGCUGAAUCUAGAGCCACAUCAAGUUGAGGGUAUCCAUUCAACAUACUCCGAGCCAGCAAAGCGCCUCCUCCGAGUCGUCAUGAUGUUCCUGAACCAAGUAGAGCCCAGAUCAACCUGGGGAGUCGUUGUAGAUGCCCUCAAAAGUCCUGCAGUCAAUCUUCCUCAGCUAGCAAUGGCUGUGGAGGCAACUCACUUUCCCGACACUACACCAGCACUCAUAUCUCCGGAAGCUAGUGUCUCUUCCUCUCAGAGUCCAGCCACCUCCUCUCAACCAGGCCUCUCCUCACCUGUCCAUGGUUCUGGAGCCUCACCACUCACUGAAGUGGGGCCUCAACCAGACCUACCCACAACAACUGGGGAUGCAGUGACUGAACUCCAGCGUCGACCAGAGUCACCUCAGCCUAGUCCAAUGACCACUCAGUAUGUCCAGGCCAAGAUUAGAAGGUUUGAGAAGAGGUUCAAUGACCUGAAGAAGGCUGCCAGGGGGUGCCUCGAGAAACGCAAUAUUUCGGUUGAGGAAGUAGUUGAUGCUCUCACGUCAAUGUCUCCAGAUGAUAACGAUGAACAUAGACAGUUUCUGAAACAAAAUCUGAGCGAUCUCUACCAGUCAACAGAUAUCCCGGAGCUGAUCGGCAAAGCUGAGUGUACUUCACUGGGACUACUUGUCCUACCAGUUGCUGGACUACCUGAUCAAGGAGUUUGGUUUGGAGGUGAGGAGGGAGAUGGAGGCCUACAAGCUAGAUCUGCAGAGGUUCCGCCAGAAGACACCACUAGCUCUGUUCUGCCAGUGUCAGAAGAGGAGGAGAAGGAAGCCGUCUAAAGAUUUCAAGGAGGUUGUCGCCGAGUUUGACUGGCCGCACGAAGUGACACUGGAAGUUGUGGAGCAGUUUCGACAAGAGUUUGCCUAUCACUACAAGCUUCGAGACUGUGCCAUGCUGUUGGCUAAAGUCCUUCCCGGUUCCUUCAUCAUCACCUGGUUCAUACCAGAGUCCAUUGUCAAGAAACUGAGAGAAGACAUCCCUCACCUCAUCCUCAAGAAGUAUACUGUCGUCAGCCUUCAAAUUGCAGGAGUCAAGGUUUAUCCACCUCCUCAGAAGUCAGCAGCAGUCUCGCCACCUGGUCCUGGACCUUCAGCUGCUGGUGCCGCUGCUUCUGAUGAGAAAUCACUUCUUAAACCCAAAGCAAAAAAACCCCGUCUCUCACCAGAAGAGGAUUACCCCUUCGUUGAGAAGCCAUCAGAGGAUUUCUUCUGUCCGGUGACGUUGGGUCUACUGCUCCAGCCUCACCUCACGUCAUGCUGUGGUAAACAUCUCUCAGAGGAGUCUGCCACCAGAAUACAGGGAGAGGGAGGACCAUGUCCACUCUGCAAGGCUCCUGACUGGAGUACCGUUCUGAACAAGCUUUUCCGUCGACAAGUGAAGGAACUUCAUGUGUUCUGUCGUCACAAGGAGAAAGGCUGUUGGUGGAAAGGAGAGUUGUCUGACUUUACACAACAUGUCCAUUCUUGCCAGUUCAGAUAUCUACAAGUCUCUACCCAGGAAAGAACAGAGCUCCACGAUGCUGCUGAGAGAGGAGAUGUGGAGGCAGUUGAGAGACUCCUCUCCACUUCUGUCAAUAUCAACUCCAGGACUGAGGAUGAAGGAGACACUGCUCUACUGGUAGCCUCUCUCAGAGGUCAUGUUGAGGUUGUACGUCUGUUGCUCAAGGCUGGGGCUGCAGUCUUCAUUCCUGACAAGGAUGGUCUCAGUCCACUCUAUGUUGCCAGUCAGUAUGGACACACUGAGGUGGUGGAUGUUCUGGUGAAAGCAGGAGCUGAUGUCAAUCAGGCAACAACCAAGGAAUCAUGCAGUGUUCCUCUGGGGGCAGCUGCUGGUAAAGGACAUACUGAGACAGUUCAGAGACUGUUGGAGGCAGGAGCCAACGUCAACCACCAAAACAAGGAAGGUUUGACUCCAGUCAACUCUGCCUCCUUGAAGGGUCAUACAGCUGUAGUUCAACUGCUGAUAGAGAAUGGAGCUGACAUCAGUAUCUGUCAAAAGGAUGGUGCCAGUCCACUCUAUGUUGCCAGUGAGUAUGGACACUCUGAUGUAGUGGACAUUCUGCUAGAGGCUGGUGCUGAUGUCCACCAGGCCACCACCGAGGUAUGAUCACUGGAGGCUAAUCAGUACAUCCAUUAUAGCGUUUUAGAUAUUGUAGCAUGGCUUAUGCGCGUUCAACAGCUUCCUCAGGUAUAGCAAUACCAAUAUCAGGUCGAGCACACAUAUGAAUUUAGCAAGGUGCUUUUAUAGUGUGUUAGUGUAAGGGGCGAGUUAUAUGGGGGAACAGGAUAACAUAUUUUCUACAUGUGUAUGCACUGGCAGGAUAUGGGUGCUUGCUGGCUUCAUUGCCUUGGCCCAAUCCACUAUGCCAGUAUUUUAUUU